AUGGACAACACGUUCGUGCAAGAAGUGGCCGCAUCACUGGUGAGAGAGUUUCUCAGUAGAAAGGGUUUGAAGAAAACCAUCACCACCAUGGACCGGGAGCUUCCCCGCUCUGCACUCAGCAUCAACAACAGGAACGAGCUGCGGAAUGUCCUGCACCUGCACUCCUUGUACAAACAGAACAAGGCAAAGGAGAACCCACUGAAAACACUGCUGGAAAUUAUCACGAAUUACUUCCUGGAGCACCGUGGGACUUCCAGGGGCACUGGUUCCAGCUCUGCUCUGUCAGCUCCUCACAGUAAGAGCUCAGCACCCAACCCACCUGAGCUCCCAGGUGAGGAUCAUGGGAAUGCCAGUGCUCCGGAUGAAAGCAAAACUCAGGCCCCCAGGUAUGAUGUUGAAAAUCCACUGGAUAAAAUCCCUCCACCCAGAAAACAUCAGCACAGGAGUGAAAAAUGCCACACCGGGACAACCCACAGCAGUAACUUAUCCUGUGCUUGGGACAAGAAGUUAAAAGACAGUCAGGAGGAUUUAAAAGCAGCUCUGAUUUCUGAGGAGCUGAAGUCCACAGGGAAGGAGAAGUCAAGGCCCAGGGCUGGUCUCAUAGCCAGAGGAAUGAUGGCUGGACCAGUAGCCAGUCCACCAGAGGAUCCCCACAAAAGGAGGCUCUCCAAACGAUCCACGAGCAGCAGCAGAGCCCAGCCCAGGGGUGAAGAACAUGAGGAGCACGACCUGAAUGUCCCAAACACUGAUUUGCAAGAAAGCAAAACAUCUCCAACAAAAUGCAACGUGGAAUUUGCAUCAAAGACUGUGCUCAGCUCACACACCAGUUCUGCCUCUGAAAAACCAAGGAACAGCCCCAAAGAUCCAGAUGAUCUUUUUUCCAAGCUGCUAUCUGAGAGGGAGAGGGCCAAGACAGAAGAAAGGAAAUCUCUGCCAGGUUCUGGUGCAGACAGCAGUGAAAAAAGCCUUAAAGUGAGUGCCCCUCACAGACAUUCAGGGGCUGGGAGAGAAAAGAAGGAAAGAUCCCUCAAGAAGACUGAGACUCGGUUGGCAGGUCACAGGAAGUCUCCAACAUCUCCUGGCUGUAAAGAAGAUCAGAUGAAAGAACUCCUAGAAUUGGUCGAUGUUGAGGAUGAAGAGGCAACUGGAGAAGUUAAUAAGACUCCAGACCUUUCAACAAUCUAUAUGCUUCAAAUAGUAUCAAAGGCAAUUGAUAUUUCUCUUGCAAAAGAAUUAAAAAAUCUUCUGUUUGGCUCUAGUCUUUGUUGCUUCAGUGAAGAAUGGAAAAUCCAGAGUUUUACAUUUAACAAUAUCCCACAGCUAAAAUAUGGCAUUGUGCAGAAAAAGGGUGGUCCAUGUGGAGUUCUGGCUGCAGUCCAAGCCUGUGUCCUGCAGCAGCUCAUCUUUACAGACAGCAACAGGAACAAAGACAUCCGUUGUCUCCAGCCCUCAGAAGCUCACAGGACCAAGUGCCUCUCCUUGGCUCUCGCUGACAUUCUGUGGCGUGCGGGGGGCCACGAGAAAGCCCUGGUGGCACUGCCAUCAGGAAGACAGCAGUUCACUCCCACAGGGAAAUACAAGGCAGAUGGAAUCCUGGAAACUCUAAUACUUCACAGUGCCACGAGAUACGAGGAUCUGAUUGUACUUCUACAGCAGAAUAUUCACCAGUUUGAAAUUGGUCCCUGUGGGUGCAUCCUCCUGACUGUGUCUGUCAUCUUAUCAAGAUCCAUCAACCUGGUGCGCAAUGACUUCGACGUGCUCACAACCCGCCUGAUCGGCAGCCACGGCUACUGCACUCAGGAAUUGGUGAAUUUGCUUUUGACUGGCAAAGCUGUGUCCAAUGUUUUCAACAAUGUGAUAGAGCUGGACUCUGGGAAUGGCAAUAUCACCAUUUUGAAAGGCAUCACGAGUCGCAGUGAUAUUGGGUUGCUGUCUCUCUUUGAGCACUAUGAUGUCUGUCAGGUUGGUUGUUACUUGAAGACUCCCAAGUACCCAAUUUGGCUGGUCUGCAGCGAAAGCCACUUCAGUGUGCUUUUUUGUUUGGAAAAGGAUUUGCUCAGUGAGUGGAAGACAGGAAGGAGGUUUGAUCUCUAUUACUACGAUGGCUUGGCCAACCAGGAUGAAGAGAUACGGCUGACAGUGGAUACAACUCAGGUGUGCCCUGAAAAUAAAGAAAAUGAUCUUACUCCUCCACUUGAGCACUGUAUUAGGACAAAGUGGCAAGGAGCUGUCAUUGACUGGAACGGCACGGAACCCAUCUUGUGA